GCAAAAACGUCUUGUUUUGAUUGUUGCUAUGGCUACCGCUCGCGAUUUGAAAGAUGCUCUAAAAGAAGCUUUAUCAAAAUCUGGAGUAUUAGCUGAAAUUCGUGCAAGAAUUCGAGCUGAAGUUUUUAAUGUCCUUCAAGAUGAUGCUGACUUGCCACCCCCUCUUUCAAAUGAUAAUCUCAUUAUCAAUGAGUUAAUUAGAGAAUAUUUAAUAUAUAAUGGAUAUUUUCAUACUGAAUCGGUUUUAACAACAGAAUCAGGCCAACCUCAAAUUCAAAUGGCUCGAGGAAUACUUGAGGAACAUUUGAAUGUUAAACAGCUGAAAGAAAAUGCACAUAUACCACUUCUGUAUGGACUAGUAUCCUAUUUUGCUGAAGAAAUCAGGCCUUCAACAUCCAAGGAACCAUCUGCUUGAAAUUUUAUUUAAAAAAUAUAUUAUUAAAUUAAAUCAUUGUGUGAGUACAUUUCAUGUAAAAUGUAUAACUUCAAUUUACAUGAAAAUGAACAUUAAAUAAGUUUGCUGUACAAAUUAAA